UGCCCAAAACUAACAACACGCAGCUAAACGAGCCGAAUAUCUCGUAAUCCUAACAAUUAAAUGAGAAUCGACAUCAAAAUUGAGUAAAAUGCUACAACAAUUACGAAUAGGCUAAAGUACACUUAAACGCUAUCAAAAUAACUCUUACGCAUCAACAAAUCGCACACCCAAAGCAAUUAUUUAAGCCGUUAGCAACUCGCGUACAAAACCAUUAAAUUCUCACUCCCACUAAACCGUUGCUUCAAAACGAGUCUCGCUCAAACCCGCAGCUCUACAAUAUCAUAAUUUACCAUUUUCAUGAAAUUCCAAAGCUCAACAACUCAAAUAUCGGAGUUUUCUCUCUUUUCUUCUUAUUCUUCUUUCCCUUCUUUUUCUUCUUUUUUCCUCCGCGUUGGACGAGCUCUCGGUUUAAAAAGAGCCGAGUUGCCCAGUGUUCUCUUUUGGCUUUUCUUGUUGACUUUGUCAACUUUCCUUUUUAAAUGGAUCCCACCACUAUUUUGACCUCGUCAAAAAAAGCAAAUCAUAAGGUUUCUUGCGGAAUUUUGUAGUCUUUGUAACAGCAAUUGCUAAGCAGCCUUUGAGUUUGAGCCAUGUUCUUCAAGAUUCUUGUUCUGGUCUCUCUGCUAGCAGUUUCGGCUUACGCUCGAGAGACCAGCUUCGCGUACAACGGUUUCCAAUUAGCUGAUCUGACCGUCGAUGGGACGGCAGGGAUCACCCCCGAUGGCCUCUUGAAACUGGGCUACGACCUCCAAACGCAGCAGGGCCACGCCUUCCAUCCCUACCCAGUCCAGUUCAAGAACUCGCCGAGCGGCUCCGUCUUCUCCUUCUCCACCACGUUCAUCUUUGCAAUCCGAAGUCAGUUUCAUACUCUGAGCGGCCACGGGAUUGUCUUCGUGGUUGCGCCCCAGAGCGGCCUCCCUUGGUCGUUGCCGAGCCAAUACCUCGGCAUGUUCAACGAAACCAACAACGGCAACACCACCAAUCAUGUGGUUGGGGUGGAACUCGACACAAUCCUGAGCAGCGAGUUUCAGGACAUUAACGAUAAUCACGUUGGGAUCGACUUGAACGGGUUGACAUCAGCAAUGUCAGCUCCAGCGGGGUAUUAUGCACAUAGGGGCAAGUUCAAGAACUUGACUCUAAUCAGCGGUAAGGCAAUGCAAGUUUGGGUGGACUACGAUGGCGUGGAAAAGCAAAUCAAUGUCACAUUGGCUCCGAUCAACGUGCGAAAGCCAGACACUCCCCUUCUGUCUCUUACACGGGAUCUCGCGUCAAUUAUCAACGAGAACAUGUAUGUUGGCUUCUCGUCGUCGACCGGUUCAGUCCUAACUUCUCACUAUGUUCUGGGUUGGAGCUUCGGGGUACAUAGAGAGGCUCCGGCACUUGCCCUGCACCAACUUCCUAAGCUUCCUCAGAUCGCUAAAAAGGAAACGUCGAAAGUUCUGACUAUUGGCCUACCUUGGGUUGUUCUUUUCGUCAUAUCAAUGCUGAUCUUAAGCGUCGUUUCCGUGAUAAGAAGGAAACGGAAAUUUGCUGAGGUCCUCGAAGAUUGGGAGAGGGAGUACGGCCCACACCGGUUCAACUACAAAGAUCUUUACAUUGCUACGAAAGGAUUCCGCAACCAAGAGCUAUUAGGGAAAGGUGGGUUCGGCCGGGUCUAUAGAGGAAUCUUACCGACAUCGAAAAUAGAGAUCGCGGUAAAGAGGGUCUCCCACGAGUCGAGACAAGGCAUGAGAGAAUUCGUGGCAGAGAUCAUCAGCAUGGGUCGGCUCCGUCACCGCAACAUCGUGUCACUCCUUGGUUACUGCCGUCGGAAAGGGGAGUUGCUCUUGGUUUACGACUACAUGCCCAAUGGGAGCCUGGACAAGUACCUUUAUAACCAACCAAAGAUCACCCUCAAUUGGAGGCAAAGAUUUAGGGUGAUAAAAGGAGUGGCAUCUGGGCUGCUUUAUCUGCACGAAGGGUGGGAGCAAGUGGUGAUCCACAGGGAUAUAAAGGCGAGUAACAUCUUGCUAGACGCUGAUUUCAAUGGAAGACUCGGAGAUUUUGGGCUUGCAAGACUCUAUGACCAUGGAACCGACCCUCAAACGACUCACGUUGCAGGAACGCUCGGUUAUCUCGCCCCUGAGCAUGUGCGAACCGGCAAGGCAUCUAGGAGCACCGACGUGUUCGCAUUUGGAGUGUUUUUGCUCGAGGUCGCCUGCGGGAGAAGGCCGACAGAGAUUCGGGACGCGGAGGAUGUGAUAUUAGUGGACCGGGUAUUCUCUUGCUGGGACAGAGGUGCAAUUCUGGAGGCAAGAGAUCCGAAGUUGGGGGCGGAGUUUGUGGAAGAAGAUAUGGAGUUGGUGCUGAAACUCGGGUUGAUGUGUUCCCACUCGGACCCGUUGAUGAGGCCGAGCAUGCGUCAAGUUUUGCAUUACUUGGAGGGCGACAUUCCGACGCCAGAGUUUUCGUCCAUCGGCAGCAGGUUAACAUUCGGUCAUCACCAAGGUUUUGAUGAUUUGGCCAUGUGUCCGUCCUCCAUGGACAAGGCAUUUCCGCAAUCAUCUUCUGUCGCAGAAUCGAUUCUCUCAGGGGGGCGAUGAGCCUCGUGAUUUAGGUUCUAAUUUUACUCC